AUGUCGUACCGUACAAUUGCUUCAACUGAUUCAGAGAAUGAACAUUUCAGCGAAUCAAUUGAUAUGAGACCGUCUUUUUCAAAAACAAAACCUGGUCUAAAACGUGCUGUAGAAAAAACAAGUGCAAAAAAACCUAUGAAAAAAAAGCAGAAUAAAUUGAGUGCAUCAUACAGAGAUAAUGUUACCGAACGUUUGAGAUCAGAAGAAUUUGAUGUCGAGUUAAUUAAUUCGCUGACAUUUAGACAAGGGGAUGGCAUAGUUACAAUAAAAACACCUUUUGAAGAAAAAGGCACGGAGCUUUGGGUAAUUAGUCACUAUAAGGUUGCUAACAUUGAGAAUGUACCAGUAAAAGACAGAUGGAAGUUCAGUGAAGCUACUGUCAGAUU